AUGCCAAAUCCAUCCAGCGGUAAACCCGGCAGCCUAAAAGACCCUGCCGUGGCAUCACUGUUUUGUGUCAAGGACCCUGAACAGCGCUUCGAGGAUUUGCGCGAAAUUGGCCAUGGCUCGUUCGGUGCUGUCUUCUUCGCGCAGGAUACCGAGACAAAUACAACGGUUGCAAUCAAGAAGAUGGCAUUUUCCGGGAAACAGGCAGCCGAGAAAUGGUCCGAUAUCAUCAAGGAGGUGACUUUUCUCAAAAACAUCAGGCACAGGAAUAUCGUGGAAUACCGGGCAUGCUAUCUGAAGGAUCAUACGUGUUGGUUAGUGAUGGAAUACUGUAUUGGAUCGGCAGCGGAUAUUGUCGAGGUGCAUCGCAGUCCGAUACGUGAAUGCGAAAUUGCUGCAAUCAUCGAGCAGACACUUCACGGGCUCAUCUACCUACACAGUCUGGGACGUAUUCACCGGGAUGUCAAAGCGGGCAACAUUCUUCUCACCGAUUGUGGCAUCGUCAAAAUUGGCAAGCUUCUAUCGAAAAUUACUUUGUGCUUCUGUGCAUGCAUUAACACGUUGGCAUAUGACCAAUCCUCUCAGGGAGCAGUAUUUUCAGCUGAUUUCGGCAGCGCCUCAAUCGCAUGCCCUGCGCAGAGUUUCGUUGCGGAACGUCGGCCGCCUCUUUUCAAUAUGAAUGCGAUGUCUGCACUCUAUCACAUUGCCCAGAAUGAUCCACCAACGCUUGCCGAAGUGCCGCCUGGUGAAAUGCCCUGGUCAAGCGACUUCCGAUCAUUUGUUGAGCUUUGUUUGCGUAAGGAUCCACGAGAGCGUAUCAAGGCAGAUCGUUGUCAGCAUCAUCCAUUCAUUUUGAACAGGCAGCUGGAUGGUGUGAUUUUGGGAUUAAUAGCGAGAACGAAGGCACUUGUUAGCGAUUUGGAUAACUUUCAGUAUCGAAAAAUGAGGAAAUUAGUUUACCUUGAUGAACAGCAAAACGCCGCAAUGGACGAUACUUUGACAUCGGCGGAUCGGCACGAUGCGGAUGAAGAAUUGUCGGGCAUCGGA